UGAAGUUGGGUCAAUCCCCAUUGAAGCUUCUGCUGCAUAUCCUAGUCUUCAUCAUCCAUAGUUUGGUAACACUAGAACUUCAAAGCCAGCACCCCAUCACCACCACAACCAACAAAAGCAACAACACUAUUAUUAUUGUUGUUGUUGUUGUUGUUUCUUUUGUAGAAGCAGCUACAGGGAAUGAAUCAGAAUCCGAAAUUAUUCCAAUUCUAUACAUAAGAAAAAGGAAAAAAAAAAAAAAAGAAUGGGAAAGAAGCAAUCUUUGCGUAGCAAAGCUACCCAGAUUGUAUCUGUUAUCCUGAAUCCAAUAUCUGACUCUGACACUCUCAAACACCCUCCUCCAACACCUUCUGAUGAGGUAGGGGGAUUAGGAGGAACAACAAGUGAACCAGAGAAACCUGAAGAGGGUAGCAAUGAUUUAGUUGAUGGCCCUGAUACCUCAUCUUUCAGUGCAUUUCUAUAUUCUUUCUUGUCUUCAUCAGAUGCUGGAGGAGAUAAUGCAAAGGUACAUGGACAGAGUGAUGGUAAAGGUGCUUCAGGUGAUGAUAAUAACCCUUUACCCGAUUCAUCGUUGAAGGAGAAUAAUGGUGGAAAGAAAAGCUUGUUCUCUAGGAGUAAGCAAUCACUUGGUAGAGUUAUUCGCCAAGCCGCUAGGAUCGGUGGAUUUCGCCAUCAGGGGCGAAAGGAUAAUAAUUCCGAAAUGAAUUCUGAUUGUCUAAAUGGUUCUGGAUUGAAUGGUGUUGAGAUGAAUCAUCUUUCAACUGUGAAAGGGAAAGAAUCAGAGUCUGUGUCUUUGGUUGACAUGCCAGAAAUUUCUGAGCCGUCGAUGCUCCUUUCAGACGCGAUGAGAAGUACUCUCUAUGCUUCUCUUCCUGCUCUUGUUCAUGGAAGGAAGUGGCUGUUGCUGUACAGCACUUGGAGGAACGGUAUAUCACUUUCAACCCUUUAUCGAAGAAGCAUGCUUUGGCCUGGAUUGAGUUUGCUGGUUGUCGGAGACCGAAGAGGAGCAGUGUUUGGAAGCUUAGUUGAAGCACCUCUUAGACCAUCCAACAAGAAAUACCAGGGAACAAACAGUACAUUUGUUUUCACAAGUAUUUCUGGCCAUCCUGUUAUAUAUCGUCCAACAGGGUUAAACCGCUAUUUCACACUAUGCAACACUGAGUUCUUAGCAAUUGGAGGGGGAAGUCAUUUUGCGCUUUAUUUGGAUGGUGAUCUAUUGAAUGGCUCAAGCUCGGUCUCGGAAACCUACGGAAAUCCUUGCCUUGCGAAUUCUCAAGAUUUCGAAGUGAAGGAAGUAGAGGUGCUCAUGCAACUUCUUCGAUUCUUCUCACUUGCACACAAUUUAUGGGGCUUUGUGUAUGCUUCAAAAUAUGAUGAAGUACUUGCAUUUAGCAGAACAGAGGCACCUGGCAUCUGUCGAUGGUAAAUUUCGCGGAAUAUUUACCUGAUGUGAAUAAGUCAAAGAGGUUUGGACUUUGGAGCCGCAUUUCAUGGUGGAAUUAUGUUCACUUCCCCUCUUGAGCAAUGCGAAGUUCGUGUACAAAGAUAAAAUGUUGAAGUCUUAUGUAUCCAAUUAUGUUAAAACUAACAAUGUUGAAAGAAAAUGUUAUAACUAAGGAACGCAUGUAAAUACCAAAGCCUGUAUAUAUGGAGUCCGUACACAUGAAAAAGUCAGUCAAUUUUGUUCAGGAUACAAAUUGGAGCAAAUUUAUGUUUUUGAGCUAUUUUCAAGUAGAAA